GGCUGGGCUGGGCUGGGAGGGCAGUGGCGGCGGGCGGGAUGGGUCCUGGGUGCCGGCUUCGCUGAGACUCGCUCGCGUGGGCUGCCCGCGGCGGGCCCGCAGUGGCCGCGGCGGCAUGAAGGGCGCUCUUGGGAGUCCCGUGGCCGCGGCUUCGGCCGGCGCCGCCAUGCAGGAGAGUUUCGGCUGCGUCGUGGCCAACCGCUUCCACCAGCUGCUGGACGAUGAAUCGGACCCGUUCGACAUCCUGCGUGAGGCCGAACGCCGGCGCCAGCAGCAGCUGCAGCUGCAGCGCAAGAGACGCGACGAGGUGGCGGCUGGGGCCGGUAACCGCGGUGGCCGGAGCCCAGCCGGAGCCUCGGGCCACAAGCCCGGCGCCGGCGGCGGCCGGAGGGAGUCCCAGAAGGAGCGCAAGAGCCUCCCGGUCCCCGGCGCGCCGCAGCCGGACAGCCCCGGGGGUGGCCCGCCACCGCCCGGCCAGAAGCGAACUCUCAGAAGAGGGGAGCAACAAGCAUGGAAUGAUAGCCGGGGAACAGAGGUGGCUCUUGAUAGAGCAGAGCGAAGAUCCUACAGGGAAUAUCGCCCUUAUGAGACCGAGCGGCAGGUGGACUUCACACCCGAGAAGUUUUCAGAUGAAAAACCAUUUGACAGGCUUGAUAGAGAUAGACCACUGAGAGGCCGUGGUGGCCAAAGAGGGGGCAUGCGAAGCAGAGGAAGAGGCGGUCCUGGGAACAGAGCUUUUGAUGGUUUUGACCAGAGAGGAAAACGAGAAUUUGAAAGAUAUGGUGCCAAUGAUAAAAUAGCAAUCAAAACUGAAGACAGCAUGGGUGGAUGUGGAGUUCGCACCUGGGGAUCAGGUAAAGAUAGCAGUGAUAUGGAGCCAGCAACGCUGAUGGAAGAGACUACAGUGGUGGAAGAGUUCUUGGGGUCCCCAGAGGAGGAAGCUCCAGCCAAAGUUCCUGACUUAGAGGUAGAAGAAGAAACUCAAGUUCAAGAGAUGACCCUUGAUGAGUGGAAAAAUCUGCAAGAACAGACCAGACCAAAGCCUGAGUUUAACAUCCGGAAACCUGAGUCCACUGUACCUUCCAAAGCAGUGGUGAUACACAAGUCCAAAUAUAGAGAUGAUAUGGUGAAGGAUGACUAUGAGGAUGAUGCCCACGUUUUCCGGAAAGCGGCCAAUGACAUCACAUCCCAGCUGGAGAUUAAUUUUGGUAACCUCCCUCGUCCCGGACGUGGAGCCAGAGGUGGCACACGAGGAGGCCGGGGAAGGAUCAGAAGGGCAGAGAACUAUGGACCCAGAGCAGAAGUUGUGACACAAGAUGUUGCUCCAAACCCAGAUGACCCUGAGGACUUUCCUGCUCUGGCUUGAGAGAGCCCCAUUUCCCUGGCAACUUAAACAGCAUGGCGUACCUAUCAAGAGACUUUUGCUGUGGGGGAAGAGAGUCAGACUCUAAGAACAAUAGAUGUUGCUUUUUCCCGUGAAGUGUGACUUCAUUGCACUUUUUUGGCCUAGAGGUGUGGGAUCUGGAUUUUUCCAGACACUCAGGGCAGCAGUUCUCUGCGGGGGUUCAUCUGGAACUUUCCCGAGAAAGUGGAGAAUGGUGAUUAUUUUUUUAUUGAAGGAAUUCCAAAUGAAGUUUAGAAAUAAUGUUUAAAUAUUAUUUUACAUAGAGUUUGUAUUAAAUCCUCCAUAGGCAUAGAGGGGAAAAUUGUAAAAUAGAAUUACUGAGACUCCUUAGUAAGUUGUAUAAAUUGUAGCAGAGGGCUGUGUCCUUUAGCUUUAUAGAAAAUUCAUAUAACUGGACCAUUUAAAGCAGUCACAGCCUACUUUUCAGAGACCAAGAAAUUAAAUACAAUUGUAUUUAUUGUUCACUUGUAAAUGUGAUUCUCUCCUAUAAUUUUUUGAGUUCUGGUUUUCAUUUAACCUAGCAGCUCUUGGUCAGCCACUCGGUUGUACACUUAGCAACAAGAGAAUUAGGGCAAAGUAUUGAUAGUUAAUGGCAAUUUAAACUACCUCGUGGCUUCUGUGUAUGUACGCGCACAUGCACACACAGUGUAAAUGUGCAUACUUUUGUGUGGUUUUUUGGAUGAGGAUUACAUAUAUAUGGUUUUUAAAAUCGUUAUUUAACUCAUCAAUUAAAUGAGAAGGGGUCCAGGCAAAAGCAGUGUAACUUACCACCAGACCCUGUCCCUCGAACUGACUGUCAGAACUCAAAAGCUUCUGUCCUUAUGUUGGGCAAGUUUGUAAAUAAUAUUUAUUGAACACCUAUGUGCAGUUUUUCUCACUCAGUGUUUACGACAGUCAGAUUCCUGUUUCUUGCCUUUAGUGAAGGGCUGGGGUUAGAGGUUCACUCACCCACAGAGUCCCACCCUAACAGAGAGCUGGAUCUGCAGCACCCUUGGUGUGGAGUAGGGACUGGGGGAGCAGUCACAGCUGCCGGAAGCUCUCCUGGCUUUGCUGAUGAAACCGCAGUGCCGUUUACCUCUUGUCAGUUAAUGUGCUUGUGUUGACAUCUGAACCUUGGUCCCGGGAUCUGUGCUUUGCUAUACUAUCUAAGGUGGUUCUAAGCUUAAACCAAGUGUAAAUAAAAGUUGGUAUUCCCUCCUAA